CACGCCAGAAUCUUGGAAAAAAUCCCAAGUUACACAUGUUUUUAAAAAAAAUUCUCAAAAUACACACGUUAUGAAAAUAAUUCCCAAUCUACGCAUGUUUGGGCCAUCACCGCUGUCGACGAAGACAGUGAUUGCAUCACCGCUGUCGACGAAGACAGUGAUUGUAUCACUGCAGUACACGGCCGCGGUGAAGGCCUGACCUGCGUCGAAACUUUAAACAAACGUAACUUUGUGCUCGGUUAUCCGAUCGUAGCGAAAUUUUUUUUGAUUCCGCAUAAUUUUUCGAGAUCUUGCAAGUCAAAAAUUGCCGUAGGCGGUUUGGUCCCGCCUUCAUCUCAAAAAUAUGUCGUUUGCUACCCCGAACGAGCCUUUUUUCGAUUUCGUCAAACUUUGAACGACCAUAACUUUGUGCUCCACAAUCUGAAAAUCAUGAAUUUUUUUUGAUUUCGCAUAACUUUUUAAGGACUACAAUUUUUAUCAUAGACAUAUUUUCGGAAUGUACUUGGAUUCCUGAAAAGGAAGGUAAAGUUAUUCCCGAAACCCCUUAUAUCCAUAAAUAAUUCAUUUUUUGAAAAUUCUCUCCUACUAAAAAUUGUAGUCCUUAAAAAGUUAUGCGAAAUAAAAAAAAUUCAUGAUUUUUAGGAUUGUGGAGCACAAAGUUAUGGUCGUUCAAAGUUUGACGAAAUUGAAAAAGGCUCGUUCGGGGUAGCAAACGACAUAUUUUCGAGAUGAAGGCGGGAACAAAUCGCCUACGGCAAUUUUCGGCUUGCAAGAUCUCAAAAAAUUAUGCGGAAUCAAAUUUUUUUUUGCUACGAUCAGAUAACCGAGCACAAAGUUACGUUUGUUUAAAGUUUCAACGCAGGUCAGGCCUUCACCGCGGCCGUGUACUGCAGUGAUGCAAUCACUGUCUUCGUCGACAGCGGUGAUGCAAUCACUAUCUUCGUCGACAGCGGUGAUGGUCCAAACAUGCGUAGAUUGAGAAUUAUUUUCAUAACGUGUGUAUUUUGAGAAUUUUUUUUAAAAACAAUGUGUGAGAUUUUUCCCCAGAAUCUUCCGCUUUACCUGCUCCGAGCUUUCUCCUCUUAUUGCGUCCCUUUAGUCGGCGAGAAUGGAAAAACUCAAAAAAGUUGCGCCUGCAAACUGAGAUUCGUAGCCUGAAUUCCUCGCAUCGACACCAACCAUUCGCCAUUCCGGUUAGGGUUUUGAUUCGAUCGCCGGAUUUCUAAUUCCUUUGCUUCUGAAAGGUAUCGUCUCCUCUCCCUGUUCUCGUCAUUUCUUCAAUUCUCAUUGCAUUUGCCGCUCCCGUGAGCUCCUUACUCUAUUUAGCGACGAACUUGGUGUUGUCAAUCGCCUUCUUUUCUUCGAGAGUGUCGUGCUAUCUAGUGGAUGAGCCGUUGAAAUCGGCACUGUUGACGUGAUGUCUUCCAAGUUACUUUUUGCUGAACUUAUGAAAAUCUGUUCCUCUUCUGGGUCAAUCUAAGCUCCGGUUAGUUGCUUUAGGCAAAUGAUUUUCAUUAGCUGGAUUACUUAGCUUUGAGUCGCGUUUGUUGCUUGUAGAAUUGUGUAUUGUGAUUAUUGAAGUGAAUAGAGGUUAGGUUCUCCAUAAUUGGAAUUGGUCUGUGUUUUCAUUAUACAAGCGGAUGAUCAUCGGGUUUGUGACUGAUUAGCUGCUGCAUGUUGCUAUUUCAUUGAACCAGUUGUCUGAAAAUGCAAGGAGGAAGGGGAGGCGGGGAUCCGUUCUUUGGUUUCGGUGGUGAUCCAUUUGCUGGUUUUGGGGGAUUUGGAGGGCGGAGGAGCAUGUUGCCUGGCUUAUUCGACGGAAGGAACCCAUUCGACGAUCCUUUCUUUACUCGUCCAUUUGGAGGAAUGUUCGAGUCCAGUAUCUUUGGCCCCCAUGCAAAUCCUUUCGCGCCAAUGCAUCCACCAACAUAUAUUGAGCAUCAAGCUCCAGUACCCAAUAGAUCACAAGGACCGACAAUUGAGGAACUAGAGUCUGAUGACGAGAAGCAGGAUGCUGAUAAGGAGAGGAAAGAGAACUCCAGAAAGCAUGGGAGGUCUGGUAAAGGGCCAUAUGUUGAGGAAGUGGAUGACGAAGCUGAAGGCAGGCAGCGCAAGCAGUUGAUGGCUGAAAAUAGGCACAACAGUUUCAGUAGAGUUCAGUCUCGGCCUCAAAGUCAGAGCUUUGUGUUUCAAAGUUCAAGUGUCUCCUAUGGUGGUGCUGGUGGAACUUACUACACUUCAUCCAAGACAAGGAGAACAGGAAAUGAUGGGGUAACAUUUGAAGAAAGCAAAGAAGCUGAUAGUUCUACAGGCAUAGCAUCUCAUAGGAUUUCCAGGGGGUUACACAACAAGGGUCAUACCGUAGCACGUAAGCUUAACUCUGAUGGGAAUGUGGAUUCACAGCAGAUCCUGCACAAUAUUGAGCAAGAUGAACUUGCUAGUUUUGAGCAAGCUUGGAAUGGUAGUGCUGGACCUCAUUUGCCUGGCUGGGGAAGGAACUUCAGUGUUCGUGAGGAUAUGAGGGCCAUUGGGAGUGGACAGAAUAAUCCACAGACUGGUCGUGGAGGGUGGGCCCUUCCUUCAACAGAACGUCCGAAGCCGAUGAUUGGGCGGUCUGUAGUAAACCACCCGGUAGAGCGGAGCAGAUCUUCACGCCGGCAGGACUUGGGGAAGGCAAAACAUGCAGAUGGCAGAGACAAGCAUCACCAUUCUUCCGGAUGGGGAGGAAGAGAUUAGGCACCAGAUGACAAGAAUCGCCAUUCUGCUGCUUUAAGCUUGACCCACUGCAAAUCUCAAGUAGAUAGUCUACUAUAGACUAUAGUCUCUAUAUAUAUUAUAGCUGUGUUUCACAUAUGGAUGAGUGUUCAAGGCAUGCAGAUUGUAAUCAUGCAACGGCGAGAAAAUGUUACGCUUUUUCAACAUGACAAUGCUACUUACUCCAUAUGGAGUAGUUAGUGCCAAAUGGUGUGGCAUGAAAAUAUCCGGAUUGUUGAAAAUAGCAGGCAAAGAUCAGGUACAUAGAAUGUUAUUGAUCUGGACGCAAGAAGGUCGCUUUAUAUUAACCGAAUUUCUAUCAUCAGAUACCUAAAACCAGCAUGCCGUUUGUUCUGCAAUUAAUCCAACAUCAUCAUUUGUAACCAAUUUCCAUUGCCCCAUUCUCCAAGUAGAUACUAAACACAGACGUCGAAGAAGAAACACUCCAUAUCAGAAGAAAAUAUUAUGCGUUCC